AAAGAGCGGGGCGGGGGGAGGUGCGGCCGAAAAGGAGGUGCACUGCCGCGGCGGGGCUUUGGUGACACCCGGAGGCUGCGGCUGAUCGUUGCCGGACUGUGAGGAUGGCGGGGAGGGGGAAGCUAAUUGCGGUGAUCGGAGACGAGGACACGGUGACUGGCUUCCUGCUGGGCGGCAUAGGGGAGCUUAACAAGAACCGCCACCCUAAUUUCCUGGUGGUGGAGAAAGAUACUACCAUCAAUGAGAUCGAAGACACUUUCCGGCAGUUUCUAAACCGGGACGACAUCGGCAUCAUCCUCAUCAACCAGUACAUCGCAGAGAUGGUGCGGCACGCGCUCGAUGCCCACCAGCGCUCCAUUCCGGCCGUGCUGGAGAUCCCAUCCAAGGAGCACCCCUACGAUGCUGCCAAGGACUCCAUCCUGCGCAGGGCCAGGGGCAUGUUCACGGCCGAAGACCUGCGCUAGGGAACUCCCCUCAGCCAUGUGGCCUCUCCCCAGGCUUGCCAUCAGCCCUCCUCUAAAAUUCGAGCCUCUGAGUUCCAAUUCCCUGCCCCUUCCCACUCCACUGAGAGGCUAGGUGAGGUGCUUCCAGUUUGCUGGGCCUCUGCCAUUCAAAUCAAGGCUGGUUAGGGUAUAGGAAGCCUGAGUGUCUUCUCUCCAUUACCUCUUCCCUGUGCUGUUAUACAGUGUCCUUGUUGAUGUUAAAUUAAAGUAGUUCUUGCUUCUCUCCGA